GAUUACUUCCAGAACGAAAAAUGCUCCCAAACCAAGGUUUUACUGUAUAAAUUUACUUAAUUACUUGUUACAUGUUUGGACAUUUAAGAGUUACAUUACCUAGUUUAUGUUUAAAUAGUUGUAAUGUUAGUACAGUACACUAAAAUAUUUCAAAAGGCUUUCAUUUUCUAGGACAAAAUAUACUAUAGUGUUUGAUAAAGCAUUAAAGGAUAAACUUUUUUAUAUGCAAGGAUUUCCCCCCCAAAUCAUAAAUUCACAAACUGGUCAUUGCUCAAAAUCCAGAAUAUUUUUCAGUUUUUGUGAUCAAAUAAUUUACUUCGCUGGCUCUCAAUCAGAACCAUCUAGAGUGUUUAAAAGAAAAAAAGAAAAAGAAAAACAUUCCCUGGGCUCCAACCCAGACCUUUUAGAACAGAAUCUCCAGGGCAUGGCAUUAGAAGCAAAAGAAGAGUAAAGUACCCCAUACUUUUAUCUUUAUCAGUGGGCCAAAGUCCCUUUAAGAGAGAGAUGAAAGUAAAUCUAGCUGAUUGGUUACCUUAUAAACAUCACAGGUAGAAUUAGCAGUGAGUGUACAGAAGCUUUAGACUUUAAGCUCACAGUUGUCUAAGAAGAGAACACUUCCAUGGAUCCACUUGUGAUUCUGGUGCUCUGUCUCUCCUGUUGGCUUCUCCUUUCUCUCUUGAAACAGAACACUGGGAAGGGGAAGCUCCCGUCUGGCCCUCAUCCUCUCCCUUUUAUUGGAAAUAUCCUACAGGUAGAUGUGAAGAACAUCGGCAAAUCCUUAUGCAAUCUCUCAAAAACCUAUGGCCCGGUUUUCACUCUGUAUUUUGGCAUGAAGCCUGCUGUUGUGCUGCAUGGAUAUAAGGCAGUGAAGGAAGCCCUGAUUGAUCUAGGAGAAGAGUUUUCUGCAAGAGGAAGUUUCCCAUUAGCUGAAAGAAUUAGUAAAGGACAUGGAAUCCUUUUCACCAAUGGAAAGAGAUGGAAGGAGAUGCGGCGCUUCUGCCUCAUGACCCUGCGGAAUUUGGGGAUGGGGAAGAGUGACCUUGAGAGCCGAGUUCAAGAGGAAGCCCACUACCUCAUGGAAGAGUUGAGAAAAACCAAUGCCUUACCCUGUGACCCCACUUUUGUCCUGGGCUGUGCUACCUGUAAUAUGAUCUGCUCCAUUAUUUUCCAAAAUCGUUUUGAUUAUACAGAUCAGACUUUACUUGGCUUCCUGGAAAAAUUUAAUGAAAACACCAAGAUUUUGAGCUCCUCAUGGGUCCAGAUCUACAAUAGUUUCCCUGCUCUCAUUGAUUACCUCCCAGGAAGUCAUCGCAAAAUAUUUAAAAAUUUUACUUGUACACACAAUUAUAUUUUAGAGAAAAUCAAAGAACACCAAGAAUCCUUGGACAUUAACAAUCCUCGGGAUUUCAUUGAUUACUUCUUGAUCAAAAUAAAACAGGAAAACCACAGUCAGCAGUUGGAGUUCACUAUUGAAAACUUGAUAGCCACUGCAAGUGAUUUGUUUGCAGCUGGGACAGAGACCACAAGCACCACCCUAAGAUAUGCUCUCCUGCUCCUGCUGAAGCACCCGGAAGUCACAGCUAAAAUCCAGGAAGAGAUUGGCCAUGUAAUUGGCAGACACCGGAGCCCCUGCAUGCAGGACAGGAGCCACAUGCCCUACAUGAAUGCAGUGUUGCAUGAGAUCCAGAGGUUCAUUGACCUUAUCCCAGUCAACCUGCCACAUGCAGUGACCCGUGACAUUAAAUUCAGAAACUAUGUCAUCCCCAAGGGCACAAGUGUACUAAUAUCACUGACUUCUGUGCUACGUGAUGACAAAGAAUUUCCCAACCCAGAGACAUUUGACCCUGCCCAUUUCCUGGAUGAUAGUGGCAACUUUAAGAAGAGUGACUACUUCAUGGUUUUCUCAGCAGGAAAACGGAUUUGUGUGGGAGAAAGCCUGGCCCGUAUGGAGCUGUUUUUAUUCCUGACCUCCAUUUUACAAAAUUUUACCCUGAAACCUGUGGUCGACAUAAAGGACCUUGACACCACCCCAGUUGCCAGUGGGUUUGGACAUAUCCCACCCCCCUACAAGAUUUGCUUUGUUCCUUUGUGAGGAAGGGCAGGCCAUCUAGCCACUACUGUGCUGUUGUCUAUAACUCCUCCUCCUCUUGGGUGUCACCCGCCUUCUUCUCACGACUAGGGAUGCUUUCUCUGACCUCUUGCCUCAUAUUUCCCCAUUGCCUCCACACCCACUGAACAUCCAACCUCAAUUAAAGGAGAGUUUCCAGAAUUUCAUUUCACAAA